CAGAUUGUGUGAGUGCAGGAGAAAUUAGAAGCUGUAUCCUCGUUGUUACACAUGAAUGGAACACCACCUUCGAUGAAUAUACGAAUUGUGAAGCACUCUAAUUCCUCAAUUACGAAAUCAUUUCUUAUGGCUACAGACGGCGGUGAUAUUAUAGCCUCUCCUAAACUCAGCAGGCUGAGGUACUGGAGUGGCCUGCCACUUCCUAAGCCAAACAGAGCAUCCAAUCCGGGAUCGACUGGAAUCCCAUUUACGAUGGCUGUGCUGCUGAGUUCAAUGUGUUCAAAUACAACUGUAUAAUCCCUGGUAGCCGGUGUUUGAGCUGCUGCUGCAAUGCCAGGUAUGUGAAGCAGAUCACGCCCAGGCAAGACACUUGCUUCCAAUACGGUCUGACUUCUCUGUGUGAAUCCAAUUGUCACCAUAGCCAUACCUAA